CUCAGCGCCGCUUUCCCGCCAGGACGACGCUCAAGCGGUUUUCUGCUUCCCUUCGCCUCUUCCGAAUACGUUCCAGCCUGCUGCUGCUGGAUUUUUACGUCCGUCAUCCCACCAUGCAGCGUGACCCUCCGAAGAAGAAGCCGGAGAAGAAGACAGAAAAGCGGUUCUUUGAUGCCCUGUCCUUCGGGAAGGACCUGCUGGCUGGCGGAGUGGCGGCGGCUGUGUCCAAGACGGCCGUGGCGCCCAUCGAGCGGGUGAAGCUUCUGCUGCAGGUGCAGGCGUCGUCCAAGCAGAUCUCCCCCGAGAUGCAGUACAAGGGCAUAGUGGACUGUCUGCUGCGCAUUCCCCGCGAGCAGGGUUUCCUCAGUUAUUGGCGUGGCAAUCUUGCAAAUGUCAUUAGGUAUUUUCCAACACAAGCUCUAAAUUUUGCUUUUAAGGACAAAUAUAAACAACUUUUCAUGUCUGGAGUUAAUAAAGAAAAACAGUUCUGGAGAUGGUUUUUGGCAAACCUGGCUUCUGGCGGAGCAGCUGGGGCAACAUCCUUAUGUGUAGUAUAUCCACUAGAUUUUGCUCGAACCCGAAUAGGUGUUGAUAUUGGAAAAGGUGCUGCAGAGCGACAAUUCAAGGGUUUAGGUGACUGUAUUAUGAAAAUAGCAAAAUCAGAUGGAAUUAUUGGUUUAUACCAAGGGUUUGGUGUUUCAGUACAGGGCAUCAUUGUGUACCGAGCCUCUUAUUUUGGAGUUUAUGACACAGUUAAGGGCUUAUUACCCAAACCAAAGGAAACCCCAUUUCUUGUCUCCUUUUUCAUUGCUCAAGUUGUGACUACAUGCUCUGGAAUACUCUCUUAUCCCUUUGACACAGUUCGAAGACGUAUGAUGAUGCAGAGCGGUGAGACUGAACGGCAGUAUAAAGGAACUGUAGACUGCUUUGUGAAGAUAUACAAACAUGAAGGAGGCGUUGCAUUUUUUCGUGGUGCCUUCUCCAAUAUCCUUCGUGGUACAGGGGGCGCUUUAGUGUUGGUAUUAUAUGAUAAAAUUCAAGAAUUCAUUAAUAUUGGUAGUGGAGAAAGACCAGAGUCAAAGCAGUACUGUACAUUCCAGGUUCUCAGUAUUGCCUUGAAAAUGGACUUCACGGUUUUUAUAGCAAUAGCAGCAGGAGUUAUAGCCACACUUGCUGCUGCUGCUGUUGUAGCAUUGAUAGUAGCAAAAAGCAUAAAUUCUUUUAAGAAGUGGACAAAUAAUGACAAUACGAGCACUGGAAAAUUUGGUGAAACCGUCAAUUUCAAGAUUGAAACCAGUAGGAAACAGGAUAAAGAAUCGAUCGAGAAGGAACAGAAAAUAUCCGAAGAAUUAGUAGAAGAGGAACAGAGAACAUCCCAAGAAUUGGGUGAGAAGGGCCAGGAAUCAUAUGAAGAAUUGGGCAAGAAGGAACAGGAACCCCAUGAAGACUUGAACCAGAAGGCACAGGACAGCCAAGCUCCCUCCACGAGCGGCCGUUGCCCGAGCGCUGACGGAAGCGGCCGAAGCAGCGGCUCGCGCGUCUCCCGGGAGGCCGAGCGCGCAGGCUCAGAGCUCGGUAACUGCCGGUUGGAGACGCCGACCCGCAGCGGAGAGACCCCGGCGGCGGAGGCGGCGGUGCGGAGACCUCUCCCUCUCCGCGGUUGUCGGACGCGCUGCCCCCGAUUUAAAGCGUAG